CCAAGUGGAAGAUGAGUCCUCUCAUUUGGAUGAAAUGCCACUAAUGAUGUCAGAAGAAGGCUUUGAAAAUGAUGAGAGUGAUUAUCAUACUCUACCAAGAGCCAGAGUUUCUCAGAGAAGAAGAGGCUUAGAAUGGUUUAUCUGUGGUGGCUGGAAGUUCCUUUGUACUAGUUGUUCUGAUUGGCUUAUAAACAUAUGCCGAAGAAAGAAAGACCUGAAGGCUCGCACAGUGUGGCUUGGGUGUCCUGAGAAGUGUGAAGAAAAAUACCCCAAAAAUGCCAUAAAAAAUCAAAAAUACAACAUGUUUACCUUUAUACCUGGGGUUUUAUAUGAACAAUUCAAGUUUUUCUUGAAUCUCUAUUUUCUCGUCGUGUCCUGCUCACAGUUUGUACCAGCAUUGAAAAUAGGCUACCUGUACACGUACUGGGCUCCUCUGGGAUUUGUUUUGACAGUCACGGUGGUACGGGAAGCUGUUGAUGAAUAUCGACGUUACAAGAGAGACAAGGAAAUGAACUCACAGUUAUAUAGCAAGCUGACAGUACGAGGUAAAGUGCAAGUUAAGAGUUCAGACAUACAAGUUGGAGACCUCAUCAUAGUGGAAAAGAAUCAACGAAUCCCAUCUGACAUGGUGUUUCUCAGAACAUCGGAAAAAACUGGUUCAUGUUUCAUUCGAACUGACCAGCUCGAUGGAGAAACAGACUGGAAACUGAAGGUUGCCGUCAGUUGCACACAAAGAUUGCCAGCUUUGGGGGAUCUCUUUUCAAUCAAUGCAUAUGUUUAUGCUCAGAAGCCACAGCUGGAUAUUCACAGUUUUGAGGGAACCUUCACACGGGAGGACAGUGAUCCAGCAGUUCAUGAAAGCCUAAGCAUAGAAAAUACGUUAUGGGCAAGCACUGUUGUUGCUUCAGGAACUGUGAUCGGUGUAGUCAUUUACACAGGCAAGGAAACUCGAAGUGUAAUGAACACGUCCAAUCCAAAAAACAAGGUUGGCCUUCUGGAUCUGGAGUUGAAUCAACUGACCAAAGCCCUGUUUUUGGCUUUAGUUGCACUAUCAGUUGUGAUGGUAACUCUACAAGGAUUUGUAGGCCCGUGGUAUCGCAACCUUUUCCGGUUCCUCCUCCUGUUUUCCUAUAUCAUCCCAAUCAGUUUACGUGUGAACUUGGACAUGGGUAAGGCAGCCUAUGGGUGGAUGAUUAUGAAAGAUGGCAACAUUCCUGGAACAGUUGUUCGAACUAGCACCAUACCAGAAGAAUUGGGACGGUUAGUUUAUUUACUAACGGAUAAAACAGGAACACUUACACAGAAUGAGAUGAUAUUUAAACGCCUCCAUCUAGGUACUGUGUCCUAUGGAACAGACACAAUGGAUGAAAUUCAGACUCAUAUUUUAAACUCUUAUUCACAGGUGCACUCUCAGAAUAGUGGAAACAGUACGAGUUCAACACCAUCUAGGAAACCUCAGUCAUCUGCACCCAAAGUGCGCAAGAGCGUCAGCAGUCGGAUCCAUGAAGCAGUGAAGGCCAUUGCACUGUGCCACAAUGUGACCCCAGUGUAUGAAUCCCGGGCUGGUGUGUCUGCAGAAACAGAAUAUGCAGAAGUGGAUCAGGACUUCAGUGAUGAAAAUAGAACUUACCAGGCUUCCAGCCCUGAUGAGGUAGCUCUGGUGCAGUGGACUGAGAGUGUUGGUCUCACUCUGGUUAACAGGGAUUUGACCUCAAUGCAGCUGAAGACCCCUGGUGGACACAUCCUGACGUACUAUAUUCUGCAGAUCUUUCCCUUCACUUCUGAGAGCAAGCGCAUGGGGAUCAUAGUUAGGGAUGAAUCUUCAGGAGAAAUUACAUUUUACAUGAAGGGUGCAGAUGUUGCCAUGUCUACUAUUGUACAGUACAAUGAUUGGUUAGAAGAAGAGUGUGGUAAUAUGGCACGAGAAGGACUGCGUACACUGGUUGUUGCCAAAAAAUCACUGACUGAAGAGCAGUAUCAAGAUUUUGAGAGUCGAUAUAACCAAGCAAAGUUAAGCAUACAUGAUAGAAACCUGAAGGUUGCUGCUGUUGUAGAGAGUUUGGAGCGAGAAAUGGAAUUGCUGUGUCUCACUGGAGUAGAAGAUCAGCUGCAAGCAGAUGUUAGACCAACUCUAGAGAUGCUAAGAAAUGCUGGAAUAAAGAUAUGGAUGUUAACAGGAGAUAAACUGGAGACAGCAACUUGUAUUGCAAAAAGUUCUCACUUAGUGUCUAGGACUCAAGAUAUUCACAUUUUCAGACCUGUUACCACUCGAGGAGAAGCUCACUUAGAACUAAAUGCCUUUAGGAGGAAGCAUGACUGUGCCUUGGUGAUAUCUGGGGACUCACUUGAGGUUUGUUUGAAGUAUUAUGAGCAUGAAUUUGUAGAGUUGGCUUGUCAGUGUCCUGCUGUAGUGUGCUGCCGAUGUUCUCCCACCCAAAAAGCUCAUAUUGUGAAACUGUUACAGCACCACACUGGAAAACGCACGUGUGCAAUAGGUGAUGGAGGAAAUGAUGUCAGCAUGAUCCAAGCAGCAGACUGUGGAAUUGGAAUUGAAGGCAAGGAGGGAAAACAAGCUUCCCUAGCAGCUGAUUUCUCUAUCACACAGUUUAAACACAUAGGUAGGCUGCUGAUGGUACAUGGUCGAAACAGUUACAAAAGAUCAGCAGCACUUGGUCAAUUUGUCAUGCACCGAGGCCUUAUUAUUUCAACUAUGCAGGCUGUAUUUUCAUCAGUCUUCUAUUUUGCAUCUGUUCCCUUAUACCAAGGAUUCCUUAUGGUAGGGUAUGCAACCAUAUAUACUAUGUUUCCAGUCUUCUCUCUAGUAUUGGAUCAGGAUGUGAAGCCAGAAAUGGCAUUGCUGUAUCCAGAACUUUAUAAGGAUCUCACAAAGGGAAGAUCUUUGUCAUUUAAGACCUUCCUCAUCUGGGUUUUAAUCAGUAUUUACCAAGGUGGGAUUCUGAUGUAUGGAGCCCUGCUGCUUUUUGAAUCUGAAUUUGUACACGUCGUUGCCAUUUCCUUCACUGCCCUAAUCCUGACUGAGCUCUUGAUGGUUGCACUGACCAUACGAACAUGGCACUGGUUAAUGGUGGUGGCUGAAUUCCUCAGUCUUGGCUGCUAUGUGGCCUCUCUUGCAUUUCUAAAUGAAUACUUUGGUAUAGGCAGAGUGUCUUUUGGAGCUUUCUUAGAUGUUGCCUUUAUCACAACUGUGACCUUCCUGUGGAAAGUGUCAGCAAUCACUGUUGUAAGCUGUCUUCCACUUUACAUUCUCAAGUACUUGAAGCGCAAAUUUUCUCCUCCAAGUUACUCCAAGCUUACCUCGUAAAAGUAAUUAUAUGCCUAUGGUUUUGCAGUCACAACUGUCUGCAUAUUGCACAUUCACCGUGCUUUAGUGUCUCUGGAUUUAUGUUGGACUAAAGAAAUUUUUUAAAAUAAAUAGAAGUGGUAGAAUGAAUAGAGCACAAAAGGAGGAGGAAAAAUCUGACAGGUACAAUAACAUGGAAAUACACUAACUAGACUAUCCAAUAUAAAGUUUCUUCUUGUUAUUUUUUUUUUACUUUCAGUUGCUAUGAUUAUAAAAUAAAACCAAGUUACCUUUGAUUUGACAAUGCUUCUGAAUGUUUUCAUUGCUACUGUAAAGGAUUUUUUGAUACUGUGAAGAAUUUUUUCCUACCGUACUAAUCUUCUGCGAGUUGAAUUGAAAGUUUUGUUAUUAAUUACAUAACUUCCCUUCUUUAAUUAUUACCUAAUUUAAAUCUUUUCCCUCAAUGUUUAUAUAUGGAAA